UUUCAACACCAAAGGUUGGACCGCAAAGGUUUAACCCGAUCGAUCACUCCUUCAAAAUUCAACUUCAUUCAUUCCCUCUCUGAGAUUUCAAUUUCAACCAUGGACAAAACACAACUGAUCUUUCUAGGACUACCGCUUCUUCACCGAUCUCCUCAAUCUAUUCACUCCUCCACCGCCGAAAUCUCAGCACCAUCCAUCUCUCAACCGCAACGUCAGGCUGUGAUCGCCCCAGCAACCCUAGAUUUCCUCUCACAGAAGUCGAGUGGUGUUGGAUUUGGAAACACCGUAGAACUUCUGCGCUCCUGCUCUUACAAGCGAACUGCAGUAUCCGUGAAGAAGAUGCCACAAACAGCUUUCCUGGAUUACCCUGCACCAGCGGCGAAGCGGCUUUUAGCUAAGGGUGUGCCAGUUGCUCAGAUGGGAGUUAUUGGUCUUAUAAUGGGAGGUGAACAUAUAUUUCCUAUGAUUGGAAUUGAACAGUCUCCUGCUUGGUACCACUCUUUGAGAGCGAAUAGAUUCGGGGCCAUGGCCUCCACUUGGCUUCUUGGUAACUUCUUACAGUCUUCCCUGCAAAGUUCAGGCGCCUUUGAAGUUAGUUGCAAUGGGGAAUUGGUCAGUUCUGUUAGAAUAUAUCCCACAUCGGAAGAAACAUAAUUCCUUGGGCAAUAUAUAUAGUAUGAGGCAAUCCUCCUCUUUUGAGCUAGCUUUUGGGAGUGAGUUAGGCCCAUUACUAAUAUGGUAUCAGAGCCAAGACCUAUUCUUCUCGAUUGUGUGGACUACCACCCGUGGAUGUCUAGUCCCACAAACUUCACGCUACAGAUAUCCAAUCCUGAGCGUGAGGGGGUGUGUUAGAAUAUAUCCCACAUCGGAAGAAACAUAAUUCUUUGGACAAUAUAUAUAGUAUGAGGCAAUCCUCCUCUCUUGAACUAGCUUUUGGGAGUGAGUUAGACAGAGGCUUCUGCUGCUACUGUGCCAUUAGUAAAAGCUAACCCAAUCCAAUGUUUGGUCUUUUGCACAGGUGUUCUCUAAAUUGAAAGAAGGUAGAUUUCUGGGGGAGAUCGAGUUGAGAGAUCAGAACCCUAACUAAACCAUUCAUCACUGGAAGCUACUAAGUAGUCUUCCACUAGAAGGUUCUGAAACCCUUGCAUCAAGCUCCACAACAUAGCACCAAUAGUGUUUAUAUUUUGACAGCUGAA